AUGGUUCCCGCCGCACGGAGAACAGCGAUCGCCCUCCUCGUCCUGAUUUCGAUAUGCGACGGCUGCCCUUUUCCCUGUAUAUGUAAAUGGAAGAACGGGAAACAGACGGCGGAGUGUAUCAAUAAGGACCUAGUCGUAAUCCCCGAGGGCAUGGAUUCUGGCACUCAAGUAUUGGAAUUCUCUGGGAACAACUUGCGAACGCUUCAUCAGGAGAAAUUCCUCAAAUUGGACCUAAUCAAUUUACAAAGGAUAUACAUGGCUCGCUGCCGCAUCAGCGUCAUACACGACAGGACGUUUAAGGGGUUGACGAACCUAGUGGAAUUGGAUUUGUCAGACAACUUGCUCGAGGCGGUCCCAUCUGCAGCUUUCCUCGACUGUCCGUCUUUAAUGAAGCUCACUCUUAGUCGCAACCCCUUAAAGACGCUGAAAAGAGCCGCGUUCAGCCAUCUGUCCUUCCUGAACACGCUGGAGGUGAGCUACUGCCAGAUAUCGAAAGUGGACGAGGCUGCGUUCCAGGGGCUGUACAGUCUUGAGUGGCUACACUUGAACGGUAACAAGAUGUCCUCAUUCGCUGCGUUCACACAUUUACCAGUCGGGCUCAAGGGGGUGCAACUCCAAGACAACCCUUGGGAAUGCGACUGCCACAUACUUCAACUCCACGCUUGGCUAUUGAGUUUCAGCUUCCCACUUUCGGUUGAGCCGGUUUGCAGGACUCCGCUACGGUUGUCGUAUAGGACGAUCAAGUCCGUUCCCUCCAAAGAGCUAGCGUGUCUGCCUGAUGUUACCCCUACCACAUUUUACGUGGAGAUAGAGCAAGGUAGGAACGUUUCUCUAGUGUGUCAAGUCCACGCCGUUCCUGAAGCCACGGUGACUUGGUAUUUCGAGGGACAACUACUGCAGAACGACACGUUUCUAGCGCCAGGAGUGCACUUGUUGUAUUACAUUGAAAGAGGCACGGUGGAGAAGAGGAGCGAACUAUUUAUUUACAACGCAAACACCGAGGAUAACGGGACGUUCAUAUGCAACGCCGAGAACUCCGCCGGGGUUUCGUACGCUAAUUACACCAUCAGGGUUAUAUUAAAACAUGAAUUAAGCAUCGAAGCGGAUGAAGUCCCGUUGGAGUUCGUCUUGAUGCUAGCUACUGCCACAGCGGUCUCACUCCUGCUGUUGUUAUUCGUGGCGGUCUUAUCAGUGAUAAAGUGUCAUCGCAACGCGCGGCUGAAGAAAAAAAGGGACAACUCCAAGGUAGCCCUGAGGAACUCCACCAAGGAUAGCUUGCUGCAAGACAGCACCGACGACUCUGAGCACCUAAAGGAGAACAGCAAUAUUAAAUUAGUGAACCACGAAGAAGGGUUGAUGCUCUACAGCUCGCAUCCCAACGAGCAGCUGCUCCGGUCUCUGUCGCCCCUCGCGACCGCUAAUCAGCUACGCAGCCCCACGUCCUUGAAGUGUUACCAGGAACAGAAUCCCGAUCUCAUUAACGGCACGGAGAGCGCGGGGCGGGGGGCGUGCGACAUCCUGAUAGAGAACCAUCAAUUAGUCACGAAAAACACUCAAUAUAACUUGCAGACGAUUAAGGAGUUCCAGGAGAGCGAUUGUAAUUUAUGCAUCCUGCCGACCGACGUGCGUCUUAAUCCUGUGGGAUUGCUGAAGACAGGAGACGGCAGGUCUCAGGCUUUUAACGGGAAUUGCUACAGAACUUUGCCUUACAAUCGGACCAACAAGAGGCACACCGCUGCCGUGCCGAUAGGCAGAUUCUCCAGGGAGGCCGAGUUCCUAUUACGGAGCGCCCAGCAGCCGGGCUCGUACGAGCACUACGGCUGCGACAUCCGCUACACCGCCGAUGGUUAUCCAGUUAGGGCGGCGGAUGAGAGUCAACAAGCGGCGGUGGCGGCGACUUCGCCCCCCGAAUCCCAUAAAUCAGGCAGCUCCGCGUCAACUGCAGAGCCUUGUUGUUCGUCAAGCAGAGUGCAGUGGCCCUCCUGCGUUCCGGCCAACUUACAUUCUGUUAGGCAGGAGGCCGUGGCGAAAAAAUGUGUCGGCGCGCAGACUCAGACGGACGCGAUUCCUAAUAAAUUGCCGCCGGCUGCGGAGACAGUUAACGAAAAUGCGGAUGAAGGCUACGAAGGCGAAUGCUGA